AUGAAGAAUAAAGGUUUCUCUCAGAUACAAAUCACAGAAGAAGACCAUCUUGCCGUUUGGAAUCAUCUCAGAGGCAAGCAUUUGGACCGCUACAAUUUAUACCGAGCAAACAGCCUAGAAGACUCUGAUAAUGAUUUAAUUCAUUCAGGAAUGAUGAUGAUGAAUAAGGUUAAGGAUUUGUCGGAUUUAAGAAGAGGAUCCCUGCCUUCCACUUUGCCUUCUCAUUACCCACAAUGCGAAGACGAUGAUUUAGUGAACAUUUCGAUAGAUUUGAACAACUCGAUGGAAUUCUCAAAAUUUGCUCAACCGCAUCCUCAUGCUUUAAUGAAUAGAAAACUUGGAAAUGAUACUUUGGAAAGCAGUAUAGAUUGCUUUUGUUCAAUGGAUAUACAGUCAUCCUCGUCGGGUCUACAUCAGAGCGAAAUUGUGCAUGAUGUGGGCUUCAAAGACAACGAAGCCGCAGUAAUUUCGCCCAUACCCAAAAGCGGUUUAAAUAAGGAUAUUGAAAUUCGAGAUGAUUCCAUAAUUCUGUACGGAAAUUUGAAAGAGAAGAAGGUUGAAGAUUCCUUCACAAUUGUUGUAUCUCCGUAUGAAGAGAUUGUAAUUGAGAAAGUCACCGGCAAAGGAAAGUUAUAUUGUUUUGAUUACUCUAGCAAGGUUGAGAAGAAGAAAAAGUUAUUGGACAGUGAUGACGAGAACUUUGUGGUCCCUGUUGCUACGUCUGUGGAAGGAAUGUUCGAGAAGGAUCGCAAGUCUUUUCUUGCUAAUUCAUCCUCGGAAUCGAAAGGAAUAUGCGUGUUGCAAUCUGGACGAACCUACUUCUUCAAAUAUGUUAAAACUCGUACGAGAUUUGAUUCUGCCAUCUUGUAUUACAGGAACAGCUAUGCCUUGUAG